AUGGCUCUUGCAAGCAUUCCCAUACCAUCCUCAGGCUCGAUCCUCGAAAUCGGCCUGCUUGCCAUUUCCGCAGCUCUCAUUCUUCGCGUAGUCUAUAAUCUCUACUUCCACCCGCUCUCCAAGUACCAUGGUCCAUGGUAUGCAGCGUCCUUCUCUCUAGUUCAUGCUCUCAUCUCCGUCAUGAAAUAUGAGCCGGAAUGGAUGCUUUGGCUGUCAAAACAAUACGGAACCGAUAAGCCAAUCCGCGUUGCACCAACCCUUCUUCUGUUCCCUCAGUCAGCUGCCCUCAAAGACAUCUACUGGGACCCAAAAUGCAACAACAAGUCCAUGUUCUACGGCACAGGCUCUCUUGGUCCGCCGCACUUGUUCUCGACCCUCGAUGGAAACGUCCACAAGUCUCUUAGGAAAGCUCUUGGAGGGCCUCAGUGGUCCAUCGGCGGCCUCAAAAACAACUGGGAAUCGCGCUUCGACUCCCACAUCCAGCUCUUCAUCAGCCGCAUGUCCGACUUUGCCCGCAACAACGAGCCCGUAGUCCUCUCUGACAAAGUAGCGUAA